CACGAACAACAAAACCCAGCAAAAGCACAAAAAGCACAACCCCUGGAGAGAAAAAUCCUCCCCAAUAUCUUUCACUCUCUCUCAAGAUCUUCAGGGGCGAGGGGGUAUUGGAUCUUCUUCUAGGGUUCCGAUUCGGAAGCUGCUUCUUUUUCUCAUUUAGGGUUUUUGGGGGUUUCGAAAAUGGCCUCGCCGUUUACCAUUCCGGUCACUGCUAAUCAGGUGGGGACCUAUUUUGUGGGGCAGUACUACCAGGUUUUGCAGCACCAACCCGACUUUGUAUACCAGUUCUAUUCCGAGUCCAGUACCAUGCUUCGUAUCGACGGCAACACACGCGAGACCGCCACUGCAAUGCUUCAAAUCCAUGCACUUGCUAUGUCACUUGGUUAUACUGGAAUUGAAAUCAAGAUGGCAAAUUCUCUGGAAUCUUGGAAUGGAGGUGUUCUUGUGAUGGUUUCGGGUUCAGUGCAAAUUAAGGAUUUCAGUGGAAAGAGGAACUUUGUGCAGACAUUUUUCCUUGCGCCUCAGGAAAAAGGCUAUUUUGUGCUUAAUGACAUUUUUCACUUUGUUGAUGAUGAACCAAUUCACCACCAUUCGGCAGUGUUAUUAGCCCAGAGUAAACUCGAUUCCAAAUUAAAUGCUCCUACCGCUAUUUCAGAUCCAGUGUCCAAUUAUUUGCUUGGUGGCGAAGUCCAGGCAAGAGAGUUUGUGGCUCCUACAGAAGUAAAAGAAAAUGGUAUAGUUGACGAUUAUAGUUUUGCAAAUCAACGAUUGCAGCAAGUCCCUGAUUCUGAAGACAUUCUGGAGUACAAUGCUGCGGAAGAGGCAAAUGGUUUACUUCACAAUACUCUGAAUGCUGUAGACCAACUGCCUUCUGCAGUCGAGGAACCUGUUGGAGAGCCCCAAAAGCACACUUAUGCUUCUAUUUUACGAGUAGCCAAGGGACAACCUGCACAAAUAGUUGCUUCACAGCCUUCUGCUAACAAAAGUGCACCUCUUACUUCAGAGUGGGAUCAUGCAUCACAGCCCACCACUCAGCAAUUGGUUGUGCCAACAAAUACAUUUGAAAGGUUUGUAGCAGAGGUGCCAGAGGAGGUACCCACGGUGGAAGAUGAAGACGAAAUCAAGUCUGUUUAUGUGAGAAACUUGCCACCUUCUGUUUCUGCUUCUGAAGUGGAGGAGGAAUUCAAGAAUUUUGGUAAACUCAGUGAUGAGGGUGUGGUCAUAAGAAGUCGCAAGGAUGUUGGUGUUUGCUAUGCCUUUGUUGAAUUUGAAGAUUUGACUGGUGUUCAGAAUGCUGUCAAGGCGGGUUCUGUUCAAAUUGCUGGACGACAAGUAUACAUUGAAGAGCGGAGACCGAACAGCAAUAUUCCAUCUCGGGGAACAAGGAGGGGCAGGGGCAGGGUUAGCUACCAAGCAGAGGCACCCAGGGGGCGUUUUGGAUCUCGGAAUUUUGGUAGGGGAAGUGGUUAUGACGGAGUUGACCGGGACUACAACAAACCAAGAGGAAAUGGUUUCUAUCGGCCAGGUCCCCGGCCAGAGAGGGGGUUGCCAGGACACCAAGUAUCAAGAAGUGGACAAAUUCCCCAAGAGCCAUUUAAUUAGAAUUUUCGAACAAGAAGAGUGAAGUUUCGAUAAACAUGCAGCUUCGCACAUUCACUGUUGUCGGUUGGAAAUUUAUGAUAUCGAUAUUUUCAGGAGUCGGCCAUGUUUAGAUGUUUUGCAGUAUGAAUCACAUAUCUCGUCCAAGGGUCCCUUGAUACUUAAUUUUUCUCUACCAGGAAAUUAUUAUAAUUUAACGGCAAUGUGUUUGCAGUUUUGAGCUCUUAAUCCGGUGAAUCUAGCAUUGUUUGUCUUACUGAUCCUGAAGCUUGUUGAAUUGAUUUAUUCAUUUAUUAAUUAUUUCUAUGGUCUUUA